AUGGCCGAGCUGCUCUGGGAAGUAGCACCAGCGGACUUCCAUGAAAUUUUGCUGGGUUUGCCCGUACGCGAGUCCGACGAUGGCGAGCCCGAUGAGGUCAACAAUCCGCGUCUAUUCACAAUGGCGAACUUCAUAUACGCGGCUCUGGAUAGCCGAUCAGCGCAGUGGACGGACUAUACAUCUGCUUCCAGCGAGCACUAUCCGGCCACAGACUCUCGGCGCUCUCUCUCGAUCGCUGGCGACCAUGCUCACAUUCCGGCAUACCUGCUGCGCGACGUCGGCUUAGACGGAUCCGUUGCCGAUGAGCGCUUGAUUGAGGCAGUACGCGACGUGCUCCCUUCCGUCGUCGACGUUCGAUCCCGUCCCAGCGCUUCGCUUCCAGAGAUGGGUGUAUGGACCUGCACGCAUUGUACAGUGUUUAUCGAUCCCUGGAACUUGCGCAUCGAGGAGCAAUUACUUAUAUCCGAUCACCUCGGUGUGGGGGACGAGUGUGGGCUUGUUCUCUCAUCGGACGGUCGCGUACAACUCGUCCCUACGAAUCCGUGGCUGUUCAUGCGCUGCAUGGAUUGCCUGGGGUGGGCCCACUACGCGCAGCAUCUCCGUGAGGCGCACAUUAUAUUCUGGUAUCCGGGUCCUGCGACUGUCUAUCGGACCUCUCCAGGUUUCUGGUGGGACGAGGCUGCGCUUUCGGCUCAAAACGCCCAGCACCAGAUCAUAUUGGAGGUGCGAGCGGCAGAGCGCACGGGUCUCCAUGAUCUGCGCAUGUGGAAGGCGAAGAAGAUGAUUACCACCGCCAAAGCUAGCCUUCACGCAGCCCGUUUUCAACUUACCCGCAUUCGCCGAGAGGCCAUGCAAGCCCGUGCGCGAUUAGUACGCGCCAUGUUUCAGGCGGGCCGGGACGUCGUUGACGUUGGGCUGGCGUUGGUGGAGCGUAUGGAUGCCGAGCGCGUUAAUCCUGAGCGUGAACGGUGGCAGGCUGCCCGAAACGGCGCCCAAUGCCUUUUGCGCGAAGGGCAGGACCGCAGAGCUGUUUGGCAACGCAUGUAUUUAGAUGGCAACGUAGCAUAA